AGAAAGCACGGCAGUGAGGGGGGGGGGGGAGGGGCGUUAGAGUUGAGAGUUCAGUCGCGGUUGUCGCUGCCAGCUUGGACUCAUGAUUCCUAUAUGCCCGGUAGUUUCGUUCACCUAUGUGCCCAGCCGGCUGGGAGAAGAUGCCAAAAUGGCCACCGGCAACUACUUUGGUUUCACCCAUAGCGGAGCUGCAGCCCAGUAUAGCCAGCAGCCAGCUUCGGGUGUAGCCUAUUCCCAUCCAACUACAGUUGCUAGCUAUACCGUCCACCAGGCACCAGUCGCUGCGCACACUGUUACUGCGGCCUAUGCUCCAGCAGCAGCUACAGUUGCAGUAGCCAGGCCUGCUCCAGUAGCUGUUGCAGCUGCUGCAACAGCUGCUGCUUAUGGAGGCUAUCCUACAGCGCACACAGCUACAGAUUAUGGUUAUACACAGAGGCAACAAGAAGCUCCACCACCACCCCCUCCUGUCACUACACAGAAUUACCAGGAUUCCUAUUCUUAUGUUCGAUCUACUGCCCCAGCUGUAGCUUAUGACAGCAAACAAUACUAUCAACAACCAACAGUGACGGCUGUGGCUGCUGCUGCCCAGCCUCAACCUUCAGUAGCUGAAUCAUACUACCAGACAGCUCCAAAAGCAGGAUAUAGCCAAGGGGCAACUCAGUAUACCCAAGCCCAGCAAACACGACAAGUGACAGCUAUAAAGCCUGCAACCCCGAGUUCAGCAACAACUACAUUUUCUAUAUAUCCAGUAUCCUCUGCUGUGCAGCCAGUAGCUGCUGCAGCUACUGUUGUUCCAUCCUAUACUCAAAGUGCAACAUACAGUACAACAGCGGUUACUUACUCUGGUACCACUUAUUCGGGUUAUGAAGCUGCAGUGUAUUCAGCUGCAUCAUCCUAUUACCAGCAGCAGCAGCAGCAACAGAAACAGGCAGCAGCAGCUGCUGCAGCUGCUGCAACGGCUGCUUGGACAGGGACCACCUUUACUAAAAAGGCACCAUUCCAAAAUAAGCAACUGAAACCAAAGCAACCUCCCAAACCACCCCAGAUCCACUACUGUGAUGUUUGUAAGAUCAGCUGUGCUGGACCACAGACUUAUAAAGAACACUUAGAAGGCCAGAAACACAAAAAGAAAGAAGCAGCAUUAAAAGCUUCCCAGAACACCAAUAACAGCAGCACUUCUGCUCGUGGAACUCAGAAUCAGUUGCGCUGUGAGCUUUGUGAUGUGUCUUGUACAGGAGCAGAUGCUUAUGCUGCCCAUAUCCGUGGAGCCAAGCAUCAGAAAGUAGUAAAGUUGCACACAAAACUUGGCAAACCCAUUCCUUCAACUGAACCAAAUGCGAUUGCCCAAGCUACUUCCUCAACAUCUACAUCUGUUUGCAAACCAACUGCCUCAGCUUCAAAUGUAGCAACUAGCAGCAGUACUGUGAACUCCUCGGUUGCAUCCUCUGCAGUGAAAAUACUUACUCCCAUGGGAAGCAUACCACUUAAUAUGGCGUCCAACAAUAAAACAUCUUCAACCGCUGCUAAUAUAGCUGUAAAGAAAAUAUCUACACCGAAAAUAAACUUUGUUGGUGGUAAUAAGCUUCAGACAACAGAAAAUAAACUGGAAGAAAUAAAAUCAGCUGAAAGCGUUAAAAUAACAACUGCUACUACAGUACAAACACAGGAAGUAAAACCAGACACAGCAGCUGAACCAGUGACUCCUACAACUCUUGCUGCCUUGCAAAGUGAUGUCCAGCCAGUGGGUCAUGACUAUGUGGAGGAGGUAAGAAAUGAUGAAGGAAAGGUGAUCCGCUUUCACUGCAAACUUUGUGAAUGCAGUUUUAAUGAUCCUAAUGCCAAGGAGAUGCACUUAAAAGGGAGGCGGCACAGACUUCAGUAUAAGAAAAAAGUAAACCCAGAUUUACAAGUAGAAGUAAAGCCCAGUAUUCGAGCAAGAAAAAUUCAAGAAGAGAAGAUGAGGAAACAAAUGCAGAAGGAAGAAUACUGGAGAAGGCGAGAAGAGGAAGAACGCUGGCGGAUGGAAAUGAGGCGAUAUGAAGAGGAUAUGUACUGGAGAAGAACGGAGGAAGAACAGCAUCACUGGGAUGACCGUCGCAGAAUACCAGAUGGAGGAUAUCCUCAUGGUUUUCCAGGACCUCUAGGCCUGCUGGGAGUUAGACCAGGAAUGCCUCCUCAGCCCCAAGGACCAUCUCCUCUACGCCGUCCUGACUCCUCUGAUGAUCGUUAUGUGAUGACCAAACAUGCAGCUAUAUAUCCAACAGAGGAGGAACUUCAAGCAGUCCAAAAAAUUGUUUCUGUUACUGAGCGUGCUUUGAAACUUGUUUCUGACAAUAUGAUUGACCAUGAAAAAAGCAAGAGUAAAGAGGGAGAUGACAAAAAAGAUGGCAGUAAAGACAGAGCUUUGAAAGGAGUUUUACGGGUAGGCGUUUUGGCUAAAGGUUUGCUACUCCAUGGAGACCGAAACGUCAGUCUUGUUUUGUUAUGUGCUGAGAAGCCUUCAAAGAUGUUACUCAGUUGUAUUGCUGAAAAUCUUCCCAAACAACUUGCAGUAAUAAGUACUGAGAAAUACGAUAUAAAGUGUGCAGUCCCAGAAGCAGCAAUAAUUUUAAAUUCAUGUGUGGAACCCAAAAUGCAAGUUACUAUCACACUGACAUCUCCAGUCAUUCGGGAGGAGAGCAUGAGGGAUGGAGAUGUAACCUCGGGUAUGGUGAAAGACCCACCGGACGUCUUGGACAGGCAAAAAUGCCUUGACGCUCUGGCUGCUCUACGCCACGCUAAGUGGUUCCAGGCUAGAGCUAAUGGUCUGCAGUCCUGUGUGAUUAUCAUACGUAUUCUUCGUGACCUCUGUCAACGGGUUCCAACUUGGUCUGAUUUUCCAAGCUGGGCUAUGGAGUUGCUUGUGGAAAAAGCAAUUAGCAGUGCUACUGGACCACAGAGUCCUGGGGAUGCACUGAGAAGAGUUUUUGAGUGUAUAUCUUCAGGAAUCAUCCUUAAAGGUGGUCCUGGACUUCUGGACCCUUGUGAGAAAGAUCCUUUUGAUACACUUGCUGUAAUGACAGAUCAGCAACGAGAGGAUAUUACUUCAAGUGCACAGUUUGCACUGAGACUCCUUGCAUUCCGUCAAAUACACAAAGUUUUAGGAAUGGAUCUGUUGCCACAGAUGAAUCAACGCUUCAACAUCCAUUAUAAUCGUAAAAGGAGAAGGGACAGUGAUGGGGUUGAUGGAUUUGAAGCAGAGGGGAAAAAAGACAAAAAAGAUUAUGAUAACUUUUAAAAAUGUUUGUCAUCAGUGCUAAGACUGAAGAUGAUAAAAAGUCCAUUUGUUGCCUUGCUUUUAAAUGGACAUAAUAUUUUAAUGGAUGUAACUGUAUCAGAUAAAUUAUUGAUGGAAAGACUACAAACGGAACCUCUGUUGUCAUUGGAAAAAAUAGUUUGAGGGUUUUUCUCAUUGAAUUUUCUUUAAAUGAGUUGCUAACUUUAGUAACUUUUCUUCUUUUGUCUUUUUUAUCAACAAGUGCAUUGUCUUCUUAUUUUUGACUAUAUUUAACACAGCAUUUUUGCUUCUGUUGCUAUGUAUAUUUUGACUUUUUAUUUAGAAGGUUUUUUUGUUUGCUUUGAUACUAGUUGUAUAACUUUGUUAUAGAUAGUAUAAACUGUUCCCCUCCCAAUUAAUAUUUUACAGAACUUUAUUUUGUAAAGUGAGACUGCAGGAUUGUGUUGGUGUGUUUUUUUCUAAAUGUAAAGGGGUUACAACACAAUUAUCCUGACAUUUGAGUGCUUGGAAUUAAAUGGUUUUGCCAGUCUUGUGGAAUUUGCCUCCUUAGUGUGAUAUAAUGGUGUAAUUAACACAAAUUUGUGUUGAUCUAAUCAAGUUUGCUGUUAGUUGUGAAUUAGCAGUAUAAAAGCUAAUAUAUACAGUAUGGUCUUGCAACAGUUUUAAAGCAGCUGCAUAAUUGAUCUAAGUUUUACAUGAUGUUUUUCUUUUGAAUUGAAGGGCUUUUAGAACUAUAAUUUUAGGUUAAACGCAUAGGUCUUUGUAUAAUUUGUAAUGUAGCAAGGCCAAAAAAUAACUUUCUGGAUUUCUUAACAUACAAACAGAAACAGGCAUUUCCCAUUGAGACAAAGUUAGUUAUUGUUUUCAGUCAACUUUGUCCAUAUAUUAAUGCCUCUCAGCCCUUAAAAUAAAUGCUUGUGAUAUGAGUGCCUGUGAGGUUAUUUCUUAUAGCUAUUCCUGUAUAAACUUUCUGUGAUUUUUUUCAAUAAUUCAAAAUUUAAAAAGUGAAGUAUUACUGAAAAAGUUAUGGUUAUCAAAGAAAAAAAAACAGAAAAUUAUUUCAUGUGGCCGUAGUAUAUGCUUGUGUCUCUUUCAAAAAGCUAAAUAUAGCAGUGGCAUAGUAAAGUUACAUCAUACUGUUGAUGUAUGCUCUGGUACAUAAGUGUGAUUUGUUGUCACAGCACUACAGUGGAAUACACAAAUAAAACCUAAAAUGUAUUAAAUUACUAAAAAUCAUUAUAUGCUGGAAACUGAUGUUUCACUCAUUCUGUUCAAUGUGUAUUAUGCUUUGUUGAAGACCCA